AUGUUAAAAGUUAAAACCAGAACAAAACCCUAAUUUAUCUGAUCCCUCAUAUUUUCUGCAGCAGCUGCUGGUUUCUCUUAGUGAGGAGAGAAAUAGGAGAGAGAAAAUAAUCAUCAUCAAACAACAACAAUGGCGCCGUCAAGAACAGUAAAAGAUGUAUCUCCUCACGAUUUCGUCAAAUCCUACGCCUCUCAUCUCAAGCGCUCCGGCAAGAUGGAGCUGCCACAGUGGACUGACAUUGUCAAGACUGGAAAGCUCAAGCAACUUGCUCCAUAUGACCCUGAUUGGUAUUACAUUAGAGCUGCUUCAAUGGCAAGGAAGAUCUACUUGAGGGGUGGACUGGGUGUUGGUGGCUUUAGGAGGAUAUAUGGAGGGAGCAAGAGAAAUGGUAGUCGCCCACCACAUUUCUGCAAGAGCAGUGGCUCUGUUGCACGUCACAUUCUACAGCAACUAGAGAGUGUGAAAAUCGUCGAAAUUGAUCCCAAGGGGGGAAGGAAAAUCACAUCAAGUGGCCAGCGUGAUCUUGAUCAAGUUGCUUGCACAAUCGGUGUUGCUGCGGUGUAAGAUGCUGGUUUACACUGGUACUAACGCAUCAAUCUCUUUGGAUUGUGAUUUGUGAGUUCUUGAAACUAGGUGUGUAGAUGAAGUGAAUCAGAUUUCUACUUUUUGUGGCCUAUGUUGAACUUAUUAGUUUUGAGAUACUAUGCUAGUUGUCGGCUUCAUGGCUGUGAAAUUUUAUCAAUGAAAUAUAUAUCUACUACUUGAUUUUUGUCGUCU